GUCGUUUCUGUGUCAGCCGGAGGUUGAGACCCAACCGAACAGUGAGUGUCCUCACGAACCGUCCACCCUCAACAAGUUUUCGGGCAUGGAAUUGUGAUGCUUGACUUUAUCAUUGCUCUGCUGAGGUUGCCGUAAUUGUUUUGCUGGUCACGUCGUCUUAAUCGAACAAACAUGGCUAACACGGCGCAUUUGGUACGCCGACAGAGCUCGCGCGAUUUAAAUCCUCAGCGGUCUUUUGAUCGGUUAGAAUUGAAGGAAAUGAGAGGCCGCUUGGUGUUAGAAAAUGGCACCAAAGGUGCAGGCAAAUCCAGCGGCGGUGGAGGUUCUUACGGCGCUACGAAUGCGGCUUUUGAAAAUACUAGCCCGAACAAGGCUGGUCAUCUUAUUUCAACGGCUGAGGCAGCAACGGCCAUUCAAUCUUCAGGCAGCAGCAAACGCAACUCGCAAGAUGGUGGCAAAGCAGUUUUCAAACCCGAUUGUGCUGAAGAAGAACGCGAGUCGUGGGAUUCCAAACUCACAUUUAUACUGGCUACAGUGGGAUACGCGGUUGGUCUAGGCAACGUAUGGCGCUUUCCAUACCUGGCACAAAAGAACGGAGGCGGCGCGUUUUUGAUACCCUACUUUGUCAUGUUAGCUAUUCAAGGAAUACCAAUUUUUUAUCUUGAGCUCGCCAUUGGACAACGACUUCGGAAGGGCGCAAUCGGUGUGUGGACACAGGUCUCACCCUAUCUGUCAGGAAUUGGAAUAAGCAGUGCAAUUGUGGCAUUCAACGUGGCCCUCUAUUACAACACCAUCAUCGCCUGGUGUCUUUUCUACUUCCUGCAGAGUUUCCAAGCUCAACUUCCUUGGGCCGAAUGUCCAAAAGUGUUCUUUGAUAACAAGACCUACACCGAGGAACCAGAGUGUGUCGCUAGCAGCCCUACACAGUACUUUUGGUACCGCUCCACGCUGAUGGUGUCACCGGACAUAAAUUCGCCAGAAGUGUUCAAUUGGAAAAUCGCCAUGUUGUUGAUUAUCUCCUGGCUGUUAGUCUACAUGUGUAUGAUCAAAGGCAUUACCUCCAGCACGAAGAUUGUUUAUAUCACCGCCACGUUUCCCUACAUCGUACUCAUUACCUUCUUUUUUCGGGGGAUCACGCUGAAGGGCGCUUCCGAUGGAAUAUUUCAUUUAUUUACACCGAAGUGGCAUACGCUAACGGAUCCGGUUGUGUGGCUUGAAGCCGGAACACAAAUAUUUUCCUUAGGGCUGGCAUUUGGCGGUUUGAUAGCCUUUUCGUCAUACAACCCAGUCAAUAACAAUUGUUAUCGUGAUGCCAUUUUGGUAUCGUUAACAAACUGCUUCACCUCAAUGUUUGCCGGUAUCGUGGUGUUCAGUAUCAUUGGUUUCAAGGCUACGAUGACCUAUGAUCAAUGUUUGAAUGAUCGCAAUCACACUCUGAGUGCACUCAUUGGAACAAAUCACUACAAUCAUAGUGUGUUGCCAGCAGCGGGUGCCACGUUCGCUGUCAACACCCCGCAUGGUAUCAAGGAGAUUGUUAUGCCAAAACUACCCGAAUGCGAUUUACAAAAAGAACUGGACAAUUCCGCAUCUGGUACCGGGCUGGCAUUUAUAAUAUUCACCGAAGCCAUAAAUCAAUUUCCUGGCGCACAGUUGUGGGCAGUGCUAUUCUUCCUCAUGCUGUUUACGUUAGGCAUCGACUCGCAAUUUGGUAUGCUGGAAGGCGUUAUCACUUCGUUUGUGGACAUGAAACUCUUUCCGAAUGCUGGAAAAGAGGUGAUUACUGGCGGAAUAUGCGCCGCCUGCGCAGUGCUCUCCUUGGGCUUCGCACACGGCGCCGGCAGCUAUGUUUUCGUAUUGUUCGACAACUUUGCAGGAAAUUUUCCAUUGUUGAUCAUUGCGUUCUUCGAGUGCAUUGCAGUUUCGUACAUCUACGGCUUGAAACGCUUUGCUGACGACAUUGAAAUGAUGACGGGUUCGCGACCAGCCCUGUACUGGAUGAUUUGCUGGAAGUAUCUGUCCCCGUUGGCCAUGCUCUCUAUUCUAGCGGCAAGUUUCAUCGAAAUUGUCACCAAAGGAUCUGGCUAUGAUGCAUGGGUGCCAUCGUUAGGCAUAACGGAACGACAUAGUUGGCCGACGUGGGCACUCGUCCUGAUUUUCGUAUUGAUUUUCAUGUCAGUGAUUUGGAUACCGGUCACCGCAAUACUAAGACUCUUUGGGGUCGUGCUGAUUGGUGAGGAGGAAAAGUCCUGGUUUCCGGCAAACGAUCUUAAAGAGUUUCACGGUAUUAUGCCGCAUGAGCCUACGCCAGCAGAACAACUUUUGUUUUGUAUUCGGCCUGACGGCAGUGAAGGUAUUUGCUGCCCAACCUACCACUCCUACGACUUGGACGAAGAGGAUUAAGAAGAAAAAACAGAAAGACAAUAAUAAGAUAAGUAUUCCAACCACCUAGUUUUAUAAUGUUGAUUUAACGACUGAAAACGUUCGACAAUAAUAUGUUAGAAACGACGUAAAAAAGUCAACUUAAUGCCAAAGUAAAAACCCAAAAACAAAAAUAUUAUGACAAUAAGCAAAAUGAAUAUAUUAUUAAAUAAGAGCAAGGAAAAUCUUGCUAUAGUGUUACAUUAUUCAUAUAUAUAUAUUAUUCUGUGAAUGUCACUUAUUCAACUGAAUUUAUUGACAAACUCACCAAUAUUCAUGAUUAAAGAUAGAGAAUUUGAUAAUUUUAAUAGAUCCAUUCCAGUCACUUGCCGAAAAUUUAAAGACAAUACUUAUAAUCACAUGAUGAAAAAUUGUCCGCUAUUAGUUAUAAUUUUUCCUCUCAUUCAGAGAAAGAAAAUUUAAAAAAUCAAUUUCUAUUCAAUAUCUCGGCGAUUGUAUAACCAAGUAGUUUUUCAUCAUCUGAUUUUCAGUGUUGCUAUUCUUUAAUGUGACAUGGAACAUCUGAGAAUGUGAUACCGUAAUUGCACAAAUCUGUAUAUUUUAUUAUUUUAUCUUUAUACUUAAACGCUCAUACCAAGAAUAUCGGUUGAAAAUGUGAAACUCGUGUUGCAUUAAGAUGAGGAACUGAAAGAAGCAAACAUAUCCAUAAAUUCAAUGGUUCCCAACAUAACAUUUCAACCCUUUGUAUUAUUUCAUUAACUAAAACGAUUUGGGAAUCACUUUUUAAAAACAAGAAAAUUAAUUCAACACAUAUCGAAUAUAUUUCCAUGCAACAUUUAAAUUGAAAUGCUUAUUGAAAUCAUCCCAAUGAAUAUGGUUUUAGAUUGCACAAAGCGGCGCUUCUGAAUUAAUUAUUCAAUAGUCAAUUCAAUAAAUAAAACAGAAAAUAGGUAAUAGUUACCGAACUAUUUAGCGCAACACAAGAUUUGUCGAUACAAGUGCAUGAAUGAAUGCUUAAUGCUAUUAAUUAAAUUGCAAAUGGAUGCGACACAAUGGUGCAGGUAACGAUAUGAAAUAAUAAAUAAAAUAGUAAUGUACUUAUAUUUGUGUAGCUUUAGUAUGUGAUUGAUCAUUGUUACAUUGUUAAUGUUCAAAAAACAAACAAAGGACGUAUUGGAUCAACAAACGACAAGAUGACGUCGGAAAAGUGAUGUUAAUUGAGAUUUCAAAAGGAUGUGAAAGAAAUAUAAAAAUAUGUAUAAAUUGUUACCGUAAUUAACAUAACAAAAAAGUACUAAAUGUUAGCUUCGAUUUGAUUAGUUAUUGACUGAUUUACACAGCAAUAUAAUUUGCUAAGAAAUUCUAGAACAAGCACAGCUCGUUGGCAAUAAAUAUUUUGUUAUUUUAUAGUAUUAUCAUUGAGAACAAUAAAUAAAUGUAUGAUUUUAUUACAAUCAUAUACGAAUAUGUAAUGACAAUAAAUAUUACGCAUAUAAAAAAUUAUAUAAGUGAAAAUUUUGAGAAAUACUUCCAAAGCCGAAACGAUGACAAAUAACUAAAUGUAUUAAUAAACCUUUUAAAUCGUUGUACAUGAACUCUCAGUUUGGGUAAAGUAACUGAAGAUUAGUUUUGGACAAAUAACUUACGAUAUACAAAUGGAUAAAUGUUACGAAUCUUAUAAACAUUUAUUGAAUUCUUUUGAUUCAACUCGAUAAACCAAAUUAAGAUGCAGACUCAUAUGAUGAUAUAAAACAUUAUAAAUAAAUAUGUGUACAUUAACUAAAUGAAGAGAAAACUAUGAAAAUAACAGAUGUAUAAUAAUGGAAUUUAUAACUAUAUGUAUAUAACGAUUCUUGUUAUAUUAUAAAUGAAUAAAAGAUGUAUAAAGGUGAAAAAUGUUGCAAAUAAAUACCAAAUGAAUGUUGUUCACACA